AUGAGGGUUUUGAAGGCUCCCUCCCUUUGCCAGGAUGGCCAGCUUUAUGCUAUGGGUGAAGCCGUGUGUCAUCCUCCUAUGUCAGCUAGAUCUGCUCUGAAGGUCAUAUUUGCUGCGAUGAUGGUGAUUUCCCCCUUUAGGCAGAGGGCUGCUUUCUGUGUGAGUAACAUCUGGGCUUUGUCAGGCUUUAGAUUUGAUGGGGAACCGGGCAUUCCUAUCCUUUGGAAACUCAUCUUUAAGGGUCUUGGUGUCCUAAAAUGUCCAUCUCUUACUGUUCGCAGAAUGCAGGUUGGUCUGGCCCAGUGA